AUGGCAACCACGCCACCCAUCGACGAUCAGUCAGAACGCUAUCUCGUAGCAAUCUCGCGAAUAGCCCCCGCAAGACCAAUGAUGGACUGCAACCCGCGCCAUCCUACCUCACCUCGAGAGAGCCGGAAAAUCGGUUCCGAUCUUGUCAACGUCUGA